GCUGUCCCCCCUCCUGCGCUCUCUUCGACUCGGGUUACAGUUGAGCUCGAGCUGCUGCACGCAUCGAAGCCCAGAGACUGUUGUUCACGGUCUUCAAAAAAAACCCAGACACACACCGGCAUGGAAACGUUGGCAGGCGGAUUUAGAGGCACCGAGCGGGCUGGUGCGCAGGUUUAACCGUCACUCGGUACUUUUUGUGACCGAGCAGCAACGUGAAACAAGGUGUGGAGACGUGAGUGUUUUACGCGCUGGCCACGCAGCAUGCCCGAGUUGGAAUAGAGGCGACCCUGCUGGAGCGCAACGCACACGCGGAACGGCGCUGAGAGCCGGGAGGGAUAUUUACAAUAGAAACUGAAAUCCGUUGCGGAGAAGAAUAGCAAAGGGGGAGGAGGAGUGAAAGAUAACACUGGAAUGAAGUGGACCUCGGGAUUCCCAGCGUGUUGCGGAGUUGUGACUGAUGGAUGAAUGUGGUCAUCUGUAGGCUAUAAACAGCGACAGGUACAGACACCAUCAGGGCAGCUUUGACAAAGACUCGGCGCAGCGCUUCAUCGGCAGCCCCUCUUCGCCAACAUUUGUGGCUCCAGAAACUGUGCGAUCGCUUAGAUCUGUUUCAGCACACAUGAGAUCGUAUCCUUGAGUUGUCUCUACUGAGUAAUAAGGUCGCGAGAGCUGUUUCUGUCUCAGCUACAGGUCAACCAGGACACUCGGGGGGCUGCUUCCCUCCCAGAUCCCGUCAAGAACCGGGGGCUUCUUCGCACGUCCUGCGGACAGUUCAGUCAAGGACACGGGGGCCUGAAGAAGAUUUUUAAGAAGUCGGACAGAAGGACAUGUAUCUGAUAUCGACCUCACAUGCUCCUGACUGAUCGUAGCUCACCUUCCCACCGGGCGAACCACACAUAGAGGCUGCCAGGCGCACUGUCCGACCCUCUCUGAGUUAUCGUCUCACUGUCUGUACAAAAAGCAGAAUGGCGGGACUCGGCUGUUGGAAGUAUUAUCUCUGGAUCUUUAUUUUAAUGUGCAGGUCGGCGUUACCUUCUGCCAAAUCGCUGGAGACUAUAAUUUGGAGCUCGCAGAAUUCCAAGUUUCUGGCUGGAAAGGGCCUAAUAAUCUACCCCGACAUCGGGGACAAACUGGACAUCAUCUGUCCCAAGGCAGACCAGGGCAGAGACUAUGAGUUCUUCAAACUGUAUCUGGUGAAAAGGGAGCAGGCAGAGAGCUGCAGUACAGUCCUGGAUCCUAAUGUCCUGGUCAACUGUAACAAGCCAGAGAAGGACAUCAAGUUCACCAUCAAAUUCCAGGAGUUCAGCCCGAACUACAUGGGCCUGGAGUUCAAGAACGUCAACUACUACAUCACCUCAACCUCCAACGGUACGGUCGAGGGCCUGGAGAACCGGGAGGGAGGCGUGUGCAAGAGCCGAGCCAUGAAAGUCAUCAUGAAAGUCGGACAAGUCCCAAACGCAAACCCUGCAGAGCCGGAGCCUCCAGAAGACAAUGCCAUACCGGAGUCCAGUCCCAGUCCGCCUGACCAGGAUCGAAUUGGACCUGCGAUGCCAGGAAACCCUGACCACAUGAAUCAGGACCAGUCUGGUUCCUCCGCGGGCUCGGACGGCAUCCUCGGCUCCAAAGUGGCCGUGUUUUCCUUCAUCGGUGCCGGCUGCAUCAUCUUCCUCCUUCUCAUCCUCCUCCUCGUCAUCCUGCUCAUCAAGAUGCGCAAGCGCUCGAGGAAAAAUGCCCACUCGCAGCCCCGCCCCUCAGCGCUGUCACUCAGCACGCUGUCCAACCCCAAGAUGCCCGGGGGCACGGCUGGCACGGAGCCCAGUGACAUCAUCAUUCCGCUGCGGACAGAGAACAACUACUGCCCUCACUAUGAGAAGGUGAGCGGCGACUAUGGCCACCCUGUCUACAUUGUCCAGGAGAUGCCCCCGCAGAGCCCUGCCAACAUUUACUACAAAGUCUGACAUGCUCCGCACAGCCAGCCACCCCGUCAGGAGAGAGGAUGAGAGGAGCGCUUUGAUUUAUGUUCUUGGGAAGGACACUUUCCUUGCAUUUUUAUGGGACUUGAAGCUUCUUCGAGCCCUUGUUAUUUCUACCACCUGCUGCACAAAUCUGGAGAGACACGCACUGACCAGUAACCAGCGGGGUUGUGAGCUGACUGUUGAGAGAGGUUUAUUCUGUUUGUUUGGGUUGUUUGACAAUCCCCCACCCCCCCCCCACCCCUCCUCCUCCUCCCCCUCACUUCCCACCUUCUACACCUCCUCGACGCGCUCUGAAAGGGGGGGCGGGGCUGAAUUGAACCAACAGAUGGAAUUCGAGCUUCCUGGUUCACUGUCCCCCUAUAACGGGCAGGAUAUAACUUAUCUCAGUUCCCUGAAGUACAGUCUGUGCUACACCCAAUUAAACACACCAUCAGAGCACACUAAGCCAGGAGCAGGCAGACACAGGCCCCAAAUGCCACUCAGCCUGCAGUUUGUGUGCGAGUAUAAAAUGUGUGUGUGUGUGUGUGUGUGUGUGUGUGUGUGUGUGUGUGUGUGUGUGUAGUCAGGGCUCCGUGCUGGGGCCAGGGAACUCUCCAGAUAGCUCAGGUAUCAGACACAGUGUGUGAAAUGACGUGUUCCUCUCCCUUCGCACCUCUGAUGUUUGCCUUACUUACUAUUUUUGAUGGAGGAUUUCCUCGAACCCUGAUUCAGUUCACAAAGCAGUUGUAUUUUGUUAGACUUUUCCUACAAGUGCACAAUGUAUAGAGUUGAAUAGAUCAUCACUAUUACUCCAUCUUUCACCACCCAUGUCAUCCUUCUCUUUUUUUUUUUCCUCCUGAUCACGUACCUUGACCUGGACUGUUGAUAUCUAGGUGUGUAUGUGUAUGUGUGUUUGCUUGGAGUUCUCCCUUCUCCUCUGGUCUGAUAUGAGCUUUACCAUUACUCUGGUAUUUAUGACUUACUAUGUGUGUAUUUCAGGGUGCGCCCUCUGUGAGUGUGUGUGUGUGUUGGGCAUGUCAGGACUAGUUUGUAUUUGGGCAGACUUAUUAGCUUAGGGGUAGAACUCUAAAUUAGCGUAUCGCUGCAAAAAACAGGACAGACUGACAUGCUGACAGACAGACAAGCCCCAGAUCUUACAACACCCUUCCAGUGUCCCAGUUGGCACCCAUCAAUGGUUUUUAUGUGUCUGAUGAGCUUUCUGUGAGCUGGUUUUUUUAAGACAGCAGGCAGGUUAAAAAAAUGUGUUUGUUCUGGCUUCUGGUGCUAUGGUGUUAGCAUCAAACAGUUAGCCUGGUGCCUGCUGCCUGGGCGAGGUGGGCGUAGGUUGGUUUCUGAUUGGCUGGCCUACAUAGGUAGGAUGCCCUAAAUAUAAGUUGGAUGGCGAGAGCUACGGGUGGGUUACAGUAUUGUCAGAUGCCAAUUGGCCGCCAUCUGUAGAUGACUCGGUGGAGUGCGCAGUCGUGGCUUCGUCGGCGUGUGACUAAUCUAUGUGCCAUCUCAGUGCCCACACUCACCAGCCGGAGAGAGAGAGAGAGAGAGAGCGAGAGAGAAAAUGUUCCUGUGACUUAACCUGAGAGGAAGAUGGUGGUGUUGAUGGGGGGUAAGAGGGGGGUGAUGGGUGAUGUGUUGGGCAGUGGUAGUUCUCUCACCAGUUGUGCUGUGAAUAAAAAAUGCUGUGCAGGAUAUUCCACAGUCAAGGUGUUCAGCCAGCGAAGAGGACACUGCAGCUCAGCUAUCACACAGCCCAGGGCAGCAG